UCACGGACUCCCUCUCUCAGCGGGUUUUCCCCACCCCGCGGAGCCCGCUCCUCUGCCUUCCUCAUUUCUGUGCCCUCUUCUCCGAGCGUCCCCCCGGAGCCCUCCCCUGGGGCGGCCUUUUGGGAAAUCUUAGUGGAGUAGUGGACCAGAGUCGGGCGGUUUUCUAGCAGGGGCUCUACAGACAGGGAGGUACUAUGGCUUCCUCGUCUGGCAACGAUGAUGAUCUCACCAUCCCCAGAGCUGCUAUAAAUAAGAUGAUCAAAGAGACUCUCCCGAAUGUCCGGGUGGCCAACGAUGCCCGAGAGCUGGUAGUGAACUGCUGCACUGAAUUCAUUCACCUUAUAUCUUCUGAAGCCAAUGAGAUUUGUAACAAAUCGGAAAAGAAGACCAUCUCACCAGAGCACGUCAUACAAGCACUAGAAAGUUUGGGCUUUGGUUCUUACAUCAGUGAGGUAAAAGAAGUCUUACAAGAGUGCAAGACAGUAGCAUUGAAAAGAAGAAAGGCCAAUUCCCGUUUGGAGAACCUUGGUAUUCCUGAAGAAGAGUUAUUGAGACAGCAGCAGGAAUUAUUUGCAAAAGCUAGACAGCAGCAAGCAGAAUUGGCACAGCAGGAAUGGCUUCAAAUGCAGCAGGCUGCCCAACAAGCCCAGCUUGCGGCAGCUUCAGCCAGUGCAUCCAAUCAGGCAGGGUCUUCUCAAGAUGAAGAUGAUGACGAUGAUAUCUGAAAUUCACCAGCUGAGUUUCUGUUUCCUGUAUAAAUGUUUUCUCUUGCACAACAAAACAGUGAAAGAAAUGCUUAUCUGUAAUUUUGUAUGCAUAUUGGUGGACUUGCCAUUGGUAUUCUAGAGAUGUCUACUGUCAAGUUUCAACUACUGUGUGCUAUUAUACAUAUAAAACUGUCAAUUUGAACUAUUGAAAAUUUAAGGUUCAGUAUAAUACCAAUUUUGAAUUUUUAAUGGUGUUUAUGAAAUUUUAGAUAGCGGUGAACCCUUUAUUUGAUCAAUAAACAGUGUUACAGAAAACUUCAAGUUUAUAAAAAUGCAGUGAAAUUUAUACAGAAGCUCUUAAUCUGUAUUUACAUUUUCUCUGCCCUUUUAACUAAAGUUGAGGAUUUUAAGCUGAGGUGGGAUAUGGUGUGAUGCAGAAUAUUUGAAUCAGGUUGGUCAAAAAAGAGUUGAGUUCUAUAGUAUCUAAAUUUUUCUGUCUUUUAAAGUGAGUAUAUACACAGGCAACAAAUGUGUAUUCUCCAAUAAAUAUACUUGUUUGAAGAAACCUCAAAAUAAGAUAUUCAAAAACUAGGGAGUAUGUUCAGUAGUUGUAUACAUUUGGUGAGUUAUGGUUUUUUUUGUUGUUGUUUUGUGUAGAGAUAAAAACUAGUUUUCUUAUAGUAUAAUUUAUCCUGAGCUACACUAUGACAUUUCAAAGACUGGCUAAUCUUGAAGAUUGUCAUGAUUCUUACUGUUUCACUCCAGUUCAGUAAUUGUUAAUAGUAUUACUUGCUUAGUCCAUCCAUGUUUAUAUCAUUCAAAUAUAUAGGUGGGACUUGUGAACAGUUGCUUGGGUUCCGUUGGUUUAACUGAGAUUUAUGAAUGUUCAGACCUUUGCUAGGGGAAAUAAAGCUAAUGAACAUGUUUGCUAUGAAAGAGGACUUUUAAAAAUUAUUUAACGUGUAGGUGUAGUUUACUUAUUGUUUGGUUUUAGCAUCGCAUUUACAUUUUCUUGACUAGAUGACCUAAAGAGUCCAACACUAACUUUGACAUGCCAUCAUUGUCCCUUUCAUCACUGAGUAAUAGCUUUAAACAGUUUGCUUUUGUUUUUUUUUUAAAAAAAAAAGUGUCAUAACUGAUCAGCCCUAUAUAAAGCAUAAAUAGUUUCAACAUAUUAAAGGAACAAGCUUUAAUUUAAAGUGUGGUACUGAUUCACUUGUUAGAGAAGUUGAGUGAAUUUGGGAGAAAUGGCAUAUUUGUAUUUUUGGAAACAGAAGGAAAAGCAAUCUAAGAUGAUAUGAAGUAAUUAAGUUACUAUGUCAGUUGCCAAAUCAUUUCCAUAUUUACAAAGCCCCAAAAUAGAUUCUAGCUGCCAGAAUUCACUUUUAAUUGGAGAGCUAAAUAAGUAAAGUUUAUAUAAGUAUUAGAUUUCUUAAUGAUCUUAUUUUGCAGUUAAAAAAUAAAAAGGGAAAUAUUGUUAAACAUUCAUCAAAUACACUUCCCCCACAUAACAAUAAGGUUAGGAAUUUUGCUGAGUAUUUUAAGUUGAAGUUAUUUCAGAGUAUUUCAUGGAUAUCAUGCCCAUGAAGUGUUUGGACAAGAUGGAAGGAAUUGUUUUUUCAAAAAGGAUUAAGUACCAAAGGUAGUCUAGUCUACAGAAAAAAUGAGUAAGUGUUGGCUUUUCUGAUUUGUACUGUAACAUUCUUUUACUUUGUCUUAAGUGUAUCUGUUUCUCAAGCAAAUAGUUUAGAUAUUUUUCCAUACCUUUUUCUUUGUGAUGCAGAGUUCAGGUUAAUUAAUAUUUUACUGCAUCUGGUAAUGUGUUAUAUGUUUCAAGCCUAGUGACUUUUCAUUUUGAUGUUCUUGUGAUUUCAUAUGCUGUAGUCUUCAAGCAAUAAAAUUCUGAUGUGUUUUAUAAA